CUACCAGCGUAAGGAUACACGUCACUCACUGUGCACCACCGUGUACCGUGUUUUCAUGCAAUUAACGAGUGUGUCAUCAAAUGCCGGUGAUUUCCUAAGAAGCGUGAAGUGUUGCGCAGCGCUAUGAGAUGCAUUUGUCAUAUAACUGUUUAGAAUCAGCUGCGCAUAUAUUUCAAGAUGUCCAAUAUACCUUGGCAUGAUCAACGCAUAGGCGUGUGAAUCGUGUGCUAGUUUACUUCUUGUAGAUGGACACUUACUAAUCUCUUCGUUACGAGGAUCCGUGUUGAACUGAAAAAUGGGUGAUGAACCCGUGGUAGUGGAGGAAACGGGUCCUACGGAUCUUGAUGACAGCUCGAACUGCGAGUUAUUUACAAAUGAAAGCCCGCAAGAUGAUGACAUUCACAUGAGCGACACGGUUGCAACGUCCUUCAACUACUGCAUAAAGCCCAUUCAAGUGUGCGGCGCGUGGAAAGCAUUUACUAAAGUCAUCACGAGGGGAUGUAAAUGGUCUCCUGAUGGAUCGUGCCUUUUAACGAACAGCGACGAUUGCUGCCUGCGGAUUUUCAACCUUCCUACGGUUCUGUGCCAACAGCAAAUUGACUGGAGUGAAGUGGAAGAGAUGGUUCCUGUAGUGAAAUGCAGUGAAAGUGGCCUGAUAUAUGACUACGCUUGGUUCCCUGGCAUGAAUUCCAAUGAUCCAGCAACUUGUUGCUUUGCAAGCACAAGUACAAGAAACCCCAUCCACCUCUGGGAUGCAUACACAGGCGAGCUGCGGUGCUCUUACAGGCCAUACAAUCACCUGGACGAGCCUGUGGCAGCGCACAGUAUAGGUUUUGACAAUUUUGGCGAGAAGCUGUACUGUGGGUUUGACAAGAUGGUGCGGGUAUUCAACGUGGACAGGCCUGGGAGGUGUUUUGAAGAGCGUCCAACAAAUGUGAAGAAGUUGGGUCAACCUGGCAUCAUCAGUUGUUUUGCGUUUAGCCCCCUUGGUGUUUAUGCUGCUGGCUCCUACUGCAAGACGGUGGCUGUCUACAGCGAGUCUGAUGGAGUCCUACAAUUCAUCUUAUCCGGCCACCAGGGAGGUGUGACUCACUUGAGGUUCUCGCCUGAUGGACAGCGUCUUUACAGCGGAGGCCGAAAGGACGCAGAGAUUCUUUGCUGGGACCUUCGUAAUCUGGGCAAGGUCUUGUACUGCAUGAAAAGGACUGUCACGACUCAUCAGCGCAUGUACUUCGAGCUGUCCCGGUGCGGGAACUUCCUUGUUUCAGGUAACAGUAAUGGCAUCGUAACUGUUUGGGACCUUCAAGUUGAACCGUUAGAGCUUGAAGACUGUGAGCCCCUCAAGAAACCGGGCCUUUUUUUUAAGGCUCAUGAUGACUGUGUAAAUGGUGUCAGCCUCCAUCCAACAAUGCCAGUCUAUGCCACAACCUCUGGACAGAGGAAAUUCCCAGAGCUUUCAGAUGACGACAGCGACACUCUCUUUACGUUCAAGCAUUUGGAGAAAGCUGAUAACUCUCUCAAACUUUGGCUUAUCGAUGACAGACCACAAGAUGAUGUGUAGAAGCUGAUAACUCUCUCAAGCUUUGGCUUAUCGAUGACAGACCACAAGAUGAUGUGUAGUCGUCCUAACCAUUAUGUUUGACUGUAAUGCUAAUGUGCCUCCAGCCCUGUUUUCUACUCUACUGUCUGCAUGUGUAUUUAUCGUUGCUGUACAUAGGACAAUAAAUGGCAUUUGAUUAUUGAGUUUU